AGGUGGACAAGCUGGCCUCCAUGAAGUCCACGGCUUCCAAGCGCAGCCGCCGGCAGCAACCCUCCGAGCGCAGCGCAAUCUCCGAGUUCACCGAGAUCGACGAGGACGUUUAUCUUUCCUCCGCCGCCUGUGCGUCGCCGCAACUGCUGUCCGGGUUGAAGGGCAUGAGCCCCAUCGAGGCCUUGAAGGUCUCCCAACGCCUCCGCGUGCGUCUGGGCGCCAUCACCUCCACGAAGCUGGUGUCCGGCCAGUCCCUGCACGACGCCGUGGCGGCCCUGGGGCUCACGCGCUUCACCGUGGAGGACAUGAACGACUUCGUGAACACGGUGGCGGAGUUCAUCAACCUUGAAUUCCCGGAGGUCGAGCAGAAGAGUUUUGAUCUCACCGAGCGGGACUUGAGCAAGUUCGGCACACCGGUCUGGCAGUGGCCGCAAAAGCCGACCUCGCUGCGAAAGUCCCUUCAGAGCGCAGCUGCAGUGAACGCCUUCAUUCAGAGGAAGGCCUUCAACGUGGUGCCGGCGCAGGCGCUCAUGGAGCUCUUCCUCGCGGAAGACGCCUCCUCGGUGAUCCACAAGAGGCUCGGCCCGCGGCUGCUGACGCAGUUCCAGGCCAUGAAGGAGAUCUUGCUGGCGGGGGACACCAACCGCCUCGUGGCCGAGCUGACCUUUGUGCGCAUCAACGACCUGGCAGCGCCUCCAGAGCCCACGCACCCCCUGAUGUACAUCGAGCCCUUUGUGGGUUUGCUGAUCCUUUGCAACGGCAUCAUGAUCGGAUUCCAGACGGACCCGCUCUUCGAAGACUGGUCCGGCUGGGUAUGGUUCGAGCUGUCGUUUGCCGCCAUCCUCAUCCUAGAGAUCGUGCUGCGUAUGCAUUUGCUGCGCUGCCGCGCCUACUGGUGCGGCGAGGAGCGGGUCUGGAACUGGUUCGAUGUGUUUCUGGCCAGCACGGGCGUCACGGACUUCGUGAUUCAAAUGGUGACUCAAGAAAGCUCAGACAUGUUCGGCACGUCUUUGCUGCGCUUCUGCCGCUUGAUCCGGCUAGCCAGGAUCGUGAAGGUCUUCCGGCUGAAGUUCAUGCGGGAUCUGCGCCUGAUGGUCAAGGGCUGGAUCGCUGGCAUCCGAACACUGGCCCUAGCCUUCACGCUGCUCUUCGCAGUCCUCUAUGUGCUCUCGGGCUUCGCCACUAUGUCUAUAGGCGCCAGCGAGCGCACAGUGGAGGUAGGGCUGCAGCGGUACUUCGACAACAUCCCCAGCGCGAUGUUUACAGCCUUCCGGUGCUUCACCGGGGAGUGUGUGGACCACUCAGGGCAAUCCAUCACUUCCAUUCUGGCCGAAGAGUUCGGGGUGCUCUUCGUGCUUUCCUUUGUGGCCAGUUACAUGUUGGUCACCAUGGGGAUCUUCAACGUGAUUCUGGCGGUGUACGUGGACAUCACCAUGAAAGCAGCCAAGGAGAACGAGGCCAUCACCGCAGAGCAGUACAGCCGGGAGUCCAUCCGCAUCGCGCGAACCACCCGGGAGCUGCUGAAGAAGUUCGCCGCGGCGCAUCGGGAGUUCAUGCUCAUGGAGGGCUGUGACCUGGCAGACAUCAACAACAAGAACUUCAAGCCCAUGCCUGCCCUCUUCACCGACGACGACGUCCACGAGCAGAUCGAGAUCUCCAAGGAGCUCUUUCUGGUGGUGAUACAGGACCGCUCGGUGCAGGCCCUGAUGGACGACUUGGACCUCCCCCCGGAUCGGGCCAACCUUUUUGAGGUGAUCGACGCGGACGGCAGCGGCACUUUGGCCAUCACAGAGCUGGUGCAGGGUCUGCUGAAGAUCCGGGGGGACAUCUCCAAGAGCGACACCGUGGCGGCUCUGCUGGCGACCAAGGCGGUUCAGCGCAUCGUCGAGGAGAUGAAGGAGCAGACCCUGGACGACCUGAGCGGCUUCCGAGCCGAAGUGGCCUACAAGUUCGAGGAGUUACACAGCCGUGGCCAGAUGGAGGAGGUGGUGCCGCCGCCUCCCUACUGUAUGAAGACGGACUUCCCUGGCUCCCUGCAGGUGUCGAGUCAGCGCCCCACGAUGCUGCAAGAGGAGUACCUGGAAAUGCCGAUACUGAGCCCAAGGUCUCCGCGCUCCCCAGGGUCUCUAGGGACCCUCUGCUCCGAUCACUCUCUGCAGUAGUCGGACGAAAAAUUUGAUGCGGUUGGUGGAUUGUUUUGUUCAUGCUGCGCUAGCCAAACCCAGAAGGAUAC